GUUCGGUAAGCCAUCUAAUUAGUUAGUAGACAGUUUUAUAUAGUAUCCGUGGGUGGUUAUCAGGGAUCCUACAUGUAUAUAAGAAGAUCCAUAGCUUAUUGUUAACGUCACCAUGGAUCGUAUGUAGAUUAUCCGUGAUGUACACGACCAACCGGAACUAGAUGGAGUAAAUUUUGAAUUAGGAAACACCCAGUUCAUACCAGGCUUAACAUUUUGCAUGUUAUAGGGCCAACACUUGCUAACUUAAGUUGUAGAAUGAUAGUUUGAGUAUGCUUUUUUUGUAUUUCCCAUAAUUGGGAUAUAUAUAAAAGAAGUAGGCAUAGUCGGAUAUGACGUAACAGGCGUGCUAGGUUUUGAACGAUAAUGCACCGUUUUUUUGUAUUUCUUUCCUUGCGGUAACUGUAACUUCUACAGUUAUGAUUGGUUGGUGUAUGUUUUUGGCAAGCUGAGUGUAUUUGCGUGAUCCACAGAAAAUACAGACUGUGCAUGGGCUUAUUCGUGGAUUUAAUUUACAAAUUAUUGAGAGAUACAACCCAAACAUCCGAUAAGGAAAUUGCAUAGUUUGAUUCUAUGACCUUAUUAGAAUGAGUCAAGGGUUUUAAACUGUUUAUGUGGAUGAGUCAUUUAAUUUGUCCAGGCCAGACUACAAAGUGUCAUCCACAUACCAAAACCACACCAAUGGUUUGUGUUAUGAAAUAUCCAGAGUUACUUCUUCAAAAUACUUACGGAAAUAUUACUAAGAAUUGGGAACAGAAUUUCAUUUCCAGAUUCAGUGUAAAUGGCUCCAAUUGCCACGACAAGAACAUACAAGGGCAAGAGAAACAAAAAACGACCUUGGGCCAAUAUCCAAAAUGUUUUGCCAGAAAUUAAAAUCAAAGGGGAGAAGGAGUCAGCUGCCAUCUUUGAUGCAUUGUUCACCAAGAACAUUAAAAUUCACAAAAAGGCUAGGAAAGAUUAUGGAAACAAAGAGAAUAAGAAUGCAGAGAAAGUACAGCAUAAAAUGAAAAUACAUUCAAAAUAUGACCUUGUGAAGUUGACACUUUCAGGACAUGAUACGUUUCUUGAUUCUACAUUUGACCGAAUCUUAGCAGGCCCUGUGUUUCAACAGCCAAAGGCUCCAAAUAUCAGUCAUGAAAGCAAAUAUCUCGGCAACAGUAGCACCAGCAUAUCAGGGAAUCAUUUUGAUAUCAAGAGUUCUGUGUCUGAGCCAUCAUAUAAUAAUACAUUAUUCCCUUCAACAUGGAAAAGUAGAAAAGACACAAAAUCAUCAUUGAGAAGCAAAAUACCUGACAAUUCUGCUGCUAAAGUUAAUGUUCCACUGCAACUCAGAAACUGUAAGAAACAGAAAGAGAAGGAGACAUUGGAUAUGAACUCAUGUGUUACCAGUACUCCAAAGGGAAUAAAAUGCAAGAAAAAAAAUCAGUCACCUCCACAUUUAUCUCCCAUUUUACAUAAUAUUGACAGUGUACAGGAAACCAGCGAUGAAAUAAUUAAAGAAAAGAAAGAUGCAAUAUCGCUUUCAGAACCAUGUGUUUGCAAAGUAGUUUCCCAGUGUAUGAGUGUUAAUUUUAUAAAGGAAAAGAAUAGACAGUCGGUGGGCAAGGAAAGAUUCUUGUCUAGAAGUGUUGACAGUGCUGCAGACGACUUUUUGGGUUUUCCAGACGUACAUCCAGCACAAGAUUUAUGUGAGAAUCCUUACCCUUUCAAUACAGAUAAUCAUCAGUGUGCAGACAUUCAUGAAGUUACAGAGAGAUGCAAAGGUAACCUAAAUAUUUCUUCACCAGAAUCAGAAAGUAAAUCAGUGAUACUUUUUGAUUCAUGGGAAUCUAUAAAUUGUAGUAAGUCUGAACCCAUAUUCCAAAGUCCUUUGGAAAAUACAGCUACAACAGCAUACAGUCAAAUUCAGGUUUUGAAGUCUGGGAUAAUGCGUAGUCAUGUACAGACCUCCAUGUACUUGGAUAACACAGGAUGUAAUGCCCAGGAUUCUGCAGUACAAAAUAGUAAAGAAGGGUCAGUGCAUAAUUAUCUUUCAUUGAAACCCAUUUUGUCAAGUAGCGAUGCAGAUAAAUCAUUACACAUUAAUGAUUCAAGAUCUUGCCCAGCUCAAAAAUCUUCUGUGUUCAGUAAACAUGCUGAAGAGUCAUUAUGCAAUGAUGUUUCCAAAAGACACCCAUUACAAGACUUUUCUGUGGACACAGGAAAAUCACAUAUUUGUUAUCCAAGGAGCUGUCCUCAAGAAUCUGCAGUGGAUAUUGCAGACAAAGGACAAUUGUUAUGCAAUGAUGUUACCAGAAGCAAUAUUUUACAAGAAUCUUUAGUGUGCGCUAACCAGUCACAUAUUAGUGAUCCAAGAGGCUGUUCUACUCUUGAAUCUGUAGUGCUUAAUACUGAGAAAGAGAAAUCAUACAGUGAUAUUUCAAAAGACCAUUUUUCAGAAGACACUGACAAAUUGAAUAGAAGCUUUUGUACUCAUGAGUCUGCGGUGAACAAUAAAGAGAAGGAGGAGAUUUUGUGCGAUGCUGUUACCAGAAGCCAUUGUUUGCAUGAGUCUUCAGUAGACAUGGGUAAGUUGUGUAUUAAUGAUCAAAGAAGCCAUUCUACUCAUGAAUAUGCAGUGCACAGUACAUACAAAGAAUUAUUAUGCAACAGUGUUUCCGAAAUUCAUUUGCGAGAAUCUUCAGUAGACACUGAUGAAUUGCAUGUUACUGAUAGAAGAAGUUAUCAUACUGAGGAAUCUACAGUACACAAAACUAACAGAAAAGAAGUAUUAUGCAGUGAUGCUUCCAAAAAGAAUCUUUUGCAAGAAUCUUCUACCCUAAAUAUUGGCACAGAGAAGCAAUCCAUUUCUACAAUAACUGUAAAGAAGCAGAAGCCGUCGGGGUUACGUUUAUCUAGAAGACUGUCACAUCAAGUUGUGCUAGGUCAGAUGCUUUUUGAACCUCAACUAAAGUCACCAAGUUACCGAGAUGUGUAUAAUAUUUCUCCUUGCAAAUCUCCCAACAAAUGCAGGAGUGAAGUAACUGUUUCUGUUCCCAAUGUGGCUGAAGAAUUUAGACUGCUCAGCAUUGUUGAGGAACCUUUUGGCUGUAUGCCUUAUGCCUUUACUGCACGAGAUGCUGUGUUACAACGAUGCUGUCAGCUUGCUCCCAUUUCAUUUUCAGAAGCCUUUUCAUCAAGCUAUUGGUUGACAUGUAAGAAAAUUGGUGAAGGUGUGUAUGGUGAAGUGUUCAUGUCAGAGGGACAGGAUAGGUCUGUCCUCAAAGUAAUCCCUAUCGAGGGUGAAGCCUGUGUUAAUGGGGAGCCACAGAAGAAGUUUGAGGAGAUCCUGUCAGAAAUUGUAAUUGCCAUGGAACUUAGCAGUCUGCGUAAUGGUUCAGAAAACAGAACAUACAGUUUCUGUGAAGUGAAAUGUUGCCUUUGUGCUCAAGGAACUUACCCUGAAGAACUUAUUGAUCUGUGGAAAGAAUAUGAUGAUAUCAAAGGCUCUGAGAAUGAUUCUCCGACAAUGUUCAAGGAAGAUCAAUUAUACAUUAUCUUGGUCCUGGCUGAUGGAGGAUGUGACUUAGAGGCACACUUAUUAACAAAUGCAGAUCAGUCGUACUCAGUCUUUAUUCAGACUGUGUAUGCACUAGCGGUUGCAGAGCAGGUUUUGGAAUUUGAACACCGUGACCUCCAUUGGGGCAAUGUCCUUGUUUCACCAACUUAUUGCAUCCCCACAAAGGGAGUUCGGGUGACUGUCAUUGAUUUCACCCUAUCCAGGAUGUCAUAUGAUGGCUGUUAUAUUUACAAUGACCUGUCAAAGGAUCCAGAAUUGUUUACAGCCGAAGGGGAUUAUCAGUUUGAAGUGUAUCGUCUCAUGCAGAAACACACUUUGAACAACUGGCAUCAUUUUAAGCCAUACACAAAUCUUCUCUGGAUGCAUUAUCUUUUGGAUAAAAUGUGCACUAUGGUGAAUUAUCGUUGCACGUCUACCAAAUCCCAUAAGCAAAGAAUAGAAAUGCUGAAGAAACUCCAAAGCAUUAUAUUGAAAUACUCGAGUGCACAAGAAUUUAUUCUGAGUGAGGUAAUAUGUGCAAAGACAUAAUACAUGUCCACAUUAUUAUUAUUUAUUUCAUUAAAAUGUGAAUCUAUUUAAAAUUAUGUGUUUAAUUUUAUAUUCCGUACAUUGAAUGCCUAUUUUUGUGUCAUUACAAUUUUUUUAAGUGUUAGCACAAAUUAUUAUAAAUAUAUCAUGUUUAUGACUAAGAUUGCACCAUCAUUAUUCAUGCAGAUGUGAUCAGCUUAAAACAGAAUUUAGGUGUGAAAUUCUGUUUCAAUUCAGUUCAAGUUUAGAUAAGCAUAAAUUAAUUAACCCUUCACGCCAGUAUUUAAAUAUCCACUAACUAAACCAACAACGGCAGUAUUUAAAUAGCAUGAACUUACAUUGCAAUAUCUGCUUCACUUUCCUCCCUAUCUGAUGGCUUUUCAAACACAACACUUUAUUCAUCUUCCUAAUUUUAUCCAAUUCAAUUCCACUAUUACAAAUUUUAAUAUUUCUGGUAGCAGGUUCCUGUAAACUUCCCCAUAAAUACCAAAUCUCUUGUCAAGCUCAAAGAGAGUCACUUAUGAAAAGGAUUUGUUUAUUUAGGAGACUGAAAAUGUAACCACAAACAAUUAACUAAAUUAACAUAUUUUUGAUUCAUCACCCUGAUAGAGUAGAGUAGAGUUUAU